AUUUUCUUCAGAAAUUAUGUGCCAAUUUGAAAUGAACCCUAUAAUUUAGGGGUUUUAUGAAGUUAAAGAAAAUAGAGAGGAAAAAGAUAAAGCACUUGCCAAAUAUACCAUUGACAAUAACAUUACGUGGCGCUAGAGAAUUAAUCUUCGGACGAAGGAACCGGAGAGGAGCUCAGCGCAUCUUCAUUUCAUAUAUUCGCCAUCUCCCGUUCACAAAUCCUCCAAAUCUGGCUCCUGUCUUUCAUCGUUUAAGUCUUCAGUCAUGGCCGAGAUUGAACUGAAAACAGCACCUGUUGAUUUUCGAUUCCCUACAACAAAUCAAACUCGGCACUGUUUCACGCGUUACAUUGAGUUUCAUAGGUGUGUGGCAGCAAAGGGUGAAGAAUCUAAUGAAUGUGAGCGAUUUGCCAAAUAUUACCGCUCUCUUUGCCCGGGUGAAUGGAUUGAGAGGUGGGCCGAGCAGAGGGAGAAUGGAAGUUUCCCAGGUCCUCUUUAAUUAACAUCAGAACUCCUUGGCUUGAUCUUUCAUUGACAUGAAAGUUGCAUAUCACUUCCGUUUCCUUCACUCCAACCAGUUGUGCAUGGUUUCUCAGUUGGAUCAUUGUGGAUCAAUAAAUUACCUGUUCAGAUUUCUUUAAUUUAAUUGAAAUCACACAUUGACUGGUAUUUUAAUUUAUGAUUUGUUCUCAGCACAAGUAGUUCCAUGGUUGCUCA